AUGCCGCGGACAAGUGGGUCACUAGAAUUAAGCGAUUUUACUCGAGGACGCAUUGUUGGCCAAUAUGAAGGUGGUAAAUCUCAGCGUGAAAUCAGUGCUGGAUUAAAUGUGCCGUUGUCUACCGUUAAUCGUGUCAUCGUGCAGUUCCAAAGGAAUAAGAAGACAAGUGUUUCCCCACGAUCAGGAAGACCUGGACCUUCUGACGGGCAAAAACGAGCGUUAGUUCGUGAAGUUUUAAGAAAUCCCGAAAAAUCUGUUAAUGAUGUGGCUGUAACCUCAAAUUUAUCACGAAGAACUGUUCAGAGGGAAGAUCAGAUCGAUGGUUUGAUAGAUACUAUGACAGCUAGGAUAAAAACCUUAUCUGAAAAAAAAGGAGGAUCGACACAGUAUUAA